AUGAGGACAUAUCAUCAAGGCAGCAAUAUCAUGCAACCUUUGUCGCGUGAGUUUUGUAAGUAAAAUUGUUCUUCAUGAUAAGGUGGACGCCAAACUGAAGAUUAGGCUAACCUCUGCAUUGAUCCUAGCUUACAAACAUCCGACCUGUAGUCACAUGAACCUGCAUAACAACAAGAUGGCUGUUGAAGUGUCUCAGAGUGUUUCUUUUUGGGGAUAUAUCAUUUUGUUCUUUGCCAAACGAAAUCUGUUAUCUGCGUCGCAAACCUAAAACAAAGGGGCAUGGGAGCCUGUAGCACCACGACCUACCAUGGACCUCCUCGAUCCUGCUUUUCUAUACAAAGCAGCAGCCCCGCACUUGAAAUACUGUUGCGUGCGCGAUAUUGUCAGAGGAAUGUUCGAAAACCUCUACACUCAACCGAAAACCACCAUAUGGCGUUCAAACAACUUGAUGACGUCCGUCUUGAAUCACUUCCGUUUUCAACUACGUAUACCUCCCACCACAGAGAUUCUAAGUUAUCCUUAUCUAUUUUUAAUGUUUUCAAUCCGAAUUGUUUAGACAAGAUAAUUAAAAAGUCAUCAACAAAUUUCGCCUAGUGUAUAUUUUUUAUGCAUCGCUACAGGACAAGACCGUAUGGCAAUGCAAUAUGAACCAUUUGAUGAAAAAUUACUUAACUCAGCCACUGAUUAAGCAAUUAUUCAGUCCCGAAAGUCAGUCCAUGUUGAUUAAAUGCAGUAAAAAAUUGUAUUUCUCGAAAGAGCGCCGCGGCGCCUUUUUGUAUUUUGAUGCCAAGGCUACUCGGGGUGACACUCUUUCGAUUAAAUGCGAUAGGAUAUUGUGUUUUUCGAAAGAGCGCCAAGGCGCUUAUUUUGUCCGACUUAUAUUGAGGGCGGCGUUCUGUCGAGGAUAUACGGUUUGAAUAGCAUUUGCCGGUUUUAUUAGAUUUGCGGUCAAUUUGUAUUACAUUUGAGUGCAUUAUUACAUUUGUGCUCAAUUUUUAUUACAUUUGUGGGGGUUAUUACGUCAAUUUUUACAUUUGUGGCUUCGAGGUGAAAACCAACGUUGCUCUAUUUUCUAGUGAGUUUGGUUUCGUACUUGUAAGAAACUCUUGGUACUAUGUUCCAACCUAACGUCAAAUCCUUCUAUGAAGGACCCCUGUGGGUUGACGUUCUUAAGAAACCAGUUAUAAGUGAACGAUUUUGAACAAGUUUUAAAAGAUGAGAUGGCCAGUUGGGUAGUAAAGAAUCUAAACGUGCCACUAGCCCGACUGAUUGAUACUUCUAGUAAAUGACAAUUUUGGAGGUUCAUUCCUGUCGAAACCUCCUUUACCAAUUUGCAAUUAAUUUACACUGAAUUAACAAAAGAAAUCUGGACGUUUCAAAACCAUUCUUGUAAAAAAUCUCUUUGGGUUCAAAUCUUUUUCGCAGAGGUUCUCGUAGUAAUGUGUACUUUGAAUAGAAAAAUAAAAAAGAAUUAGGUUAUGGGCUCUUUCCUCCGCAGAGGCCUCUUUUUGUCUUAGUGGGGUUAGGGAGAGAGUAAAAAUAAAGCGCAGCGCAGGGAGGGAGAUCGGAAGGACAAACAGAGAAGGAGACGCCUUUCCCUCUUUCUCUUGUCCACCGUUACGCUUCCCCUUUUUUUAAUUAUUUCUCUUUUUAGUAAAACAGAAACAGGUAAAUAAGAGCGAAAAAUGGCGACGUUUUGAUGUCAUCGUAACGCCUUUACCAUAUAAACUAUAUAGAACAUAAAUCAUUCAAAUGUAUUUAAAGAGUUUCGAGCCUAGAAUAAUUAGCAUGCUAACAAAGGUAAAUUCCUUAAACAAAUACUUUAGCAUGCACGAGUCAAUUUUCUAGUUCAAGGACGGUGUAUGAUUGCGAAUAAAAAAUAUCUAUUUAAUGAGACAGUGAACUUUGUGUUGCGUUUUUCAAGCACGUGCAACUCGUCACGAAGGCACAUAAGUUUGGUGUUGCUGCAUCGUGUUCAUUUACAAAGUGUUUGUAAAUGGGUGACGAUUUCUGUCUGCGACCAUCAAACGUGUUGAUGCAGGUGGCACCGAUUGUAUCCCAUAAUUGUAUCUUGCAUCACACAGGUUACAUUGAAGCAUAAACAGCACAUUAGUAGGCUUGAUUUCUUGCACAUUAAGGUCUUCAUUUAAUUUGUUGCUGAUGAACAUCGGUUGGAUCACGUUUUUAACCUUUAAGCCAACUGUUAAGACGGUAUUUGACAAAAAAAUUACUUUAAAGUACGAGAAACAAGGCCCCCUGUUGUGUUGCUUAUAAGUUUCAAUGUAACCUGUGUAGUGCAGGAUACACGUUGAAGCGCUACCUGCAUUAAUGCGUUAGUGCUUAGGUGUUUGUUUAAGGGAAUUUAACUUUGUUGAUAUGCUUAUUCGAAUUAUUGGUCACUUUAGUUAUAGUCUUGACACUGUCCUUACAAUGACACCUAAAAGUCGACUCCUACAUCUUACUCUCGUUUUUUCUUGUUUCUUUUUCACUUUUGAUCAUUUUUAUUUGACCGUAGUUGGGUGCAAAUCAUUCCUAAUUGCGGAAAAAGUUCUUCCUUGAAACUGUUGGCAAGAUUAAAUUUAUUUCGAUGAUUCUUUCAGGGCGAACCGCACAAAAAAAUGACGUGGUCGAAAAAGGAAGUGCUGUGGUGCAUCUUGAGACCUUCACUCCUUAUAAUGCUGUUUCUUCAACAAACAACUUCUAAUCAUGACUGCAAAACCUAUAAAGAUGGCGACGUAGUAAUUGGUGGUAUGCUCAAUAUCCACUAUUCUGAAACUGGUGAUCAAUGUAACAGGCUCUCUACCAUAGGCCUAGGAAACGCAGAGGCUAUAAUCUACGCCAUUGAGAGAAUUAACAAGGACUCCACUCUUCUACCGAACGUAACAAUCGGUUACGACUUAAGAGACUGUUGUCGAAGCCAUGCAUUGGCCAUGCAGAUAGCCUAUGACUUGAUGCGUGAGGGUGAUCCAGUGUGCAUUUCUAAUCAAAAAGACAGCCUAUCACGCAAUGACUACGUCACAAACAACAGACCCAAGUCCAUCUCAGCACUUGUUGGUCCUUUCAGUUCUGGAAGUGCGGUGCUAGUAGGAAGUCUUCUUCAGGUUUCCGACAUUCCUGCUAUCAGCCCGAGUGCAACAAGCAAAGAGUUGAGUUCACAAAUGUAUAAGGAUUUUUUUAGAACAGUUCCACCAGACAACUGGCAAGCAGAGGUUAUGGCAGACAUCAUAGAGCGCUUUAACUGGACAUACGUGGCGGCUGUCGGUUUGGACGAUUCUUAUGGACGGAACGGUAUUUCGGCGCUCGAAAAAGAGUCCUACGACAGAAAAACCUUCUGCAUUGCUUUUUCCGAGUAUAUCCCACGACUAGGCAGUGGUGAGAAAAUCAAGCAAAUUGUUCUUCAUAUCAAACGGAAGACUGAAAUCGCAGUGAUCAUCGUUUGGCUUUCUGGUGGUUACGGAAGAGCGUUUUUUGCAGAAGCAACAGCUCAAAACCUUGAAGAAAAGACUUGGAUACUUAGCGACGCACUAACCGCUGGGGAGGCAGUAUUUCUUGAGUCUCACUUCACAAUACUUAACGGAUCUUUAGGAAUAAAGCCACGUGACCACCACGUUCCUGAUUUUGAAGAGCACCUUAAGAUGAUCACCCCCGCAAAAAGCGUUGAAAGAGGAACAGUUUGGUGGGAAGAGUUCUGGAGAUUACAAUUCAACUGUUCAGCCACGAAAUCCAACGAUUCUGGGAUCGCACCUUGCAAGACAAAUCUGACGUUACAUCAUGCCCUAUCAAAGGUGCGCAGCCCCUUUGUCUCCUAUCUCAUAGACGCUGUUUAUGCUAUUGCACAUGCUCUGGAUAACAUUUACAGCAGCUGUUCUCCUACUAUACAUGGUGUUGGCAAGGGAGAUGAGUGUCCUUCGGUCGAGCUAACUGUCAAAGGAAGUGAUCUAGAGAAAUAUAUCAGAAAUGUUAGUUUUGACGGCUGGACUGGAAAAGUGCAAUUUGACAAGUUUGGUGAUCCUUUAACUGCUUCAUAUGACAUCAUAAACUUCCAAUUUGGCUCAACCACAAACGAGGCCCGUCAAAAUGUUUGGAUUGGAGGCUGGAACAAGAACGAUACACCCAAACUUAUGUUAAAUAUGUCCAGGUUACGAUGGCAAAAGUUGUCCACCCCGCUAUCAUUCUGUUCAUCAGAAUGUUUGCCUGGUACCAGGAGGGAAAUCACCUCGCCAUGUUGCUGGGACUGCAUAAAGUGUCCAAAGGGAACUGUCAGUACUGAGAUCGGAUCCACCAAUUGCACAAAAUGUGACUCGGAGACAAAAUCAAACGAUAAGCAAAAUAAGUGUGAAAAAUUGCCGAUCAUCAACAUCACGCACACAACCGCCUCUGGAAUCGCAAUAACCUUUAUAGCUUUGAUAGGAUUUAUUCUCACGUUGUUAGUUUUCGGUAUCUUCAUCAAUUUUUACAACACCCCAAUCGUGAAGGCUUCUAACAGAGAGAUCUCUUUUCUGUUGCUCUUUGGUAUCUCAGCUCUCUUUAUAUUAGCCGUCCUCGAACAUUCUGAGCCCAGCAAUUUACUUUGCAUUGCGGUAACUUUCUGGCGUUAUUUUGCUCUCAAUCUUUGUGUAACGGUCCUCUUCCUAAAAACGAUGCGGAUCACAAGCGUUUUUGAGGUUGACAAAGUGGCACAUUUGUCAAGACCCUGUUUUAAAACUUUAAAAAGACAAUUGAUCUUUAUUUUUGUUCUAAAUGCACUUCCAAUAUCUCUUCUAGUUCUGUGGAUGUCCGUCGAUCCUCCUGGGAGUGAAAAGAUCAUCCGUUUAGACCAGUACAUUUUUCUCGUGUGCAAACUUUAUUACUGCAACAUCGGCUUCGUGCUGUUCAUCACCGUUUCUUCUUACUUACUAACCGUGGCUCUCUUGUGCACUUAUUACGCUUUCAAAGCAAGAGGAAUUCCCGAGAACUUUAACGAGACAAAAUACAUAGGAUUCUCUAUGUACAUUCUACUGUUGUCGUCAAUAGCAUAUUAUCCUGUGGUGUUUUCUUUCGACAGCUGGUACGUAACGCUGGUGUCUUGUUUAACGACUUUAGUAUCUGCGUUCGGUUUGUUGGGUUGCAUGUUUGGACCCAGAGUCUACAUUAUUCUUUUCCGUCCCCAGCAAAACACUGUGGAAUACGUCAGGUCCCAAGUGUCAAGUUUCUCGUUUGAAAAUAUGUCAGAAACGAGAGCUUCGCCCAAGCACAGUAAUGCUGGAGUGACUAAUACCGCUAAGGAACCAGCAAACACAGGGGCUUCUGAAAGCAAGCUCUGUUUGUCACUGCUUUCAGUAAACGUGUCUACGAGAAUCUUCCAAAUUCAAAACCGUAAAGGAAACUAAGUGUCCAAUGUAUUUUGUUCCCGAAUGACAGCAUUUGUCAAAGUCCAUUUCACUUCUACCAAAGCCCACCGAAGCCUCUUCCAAAUACCGUCAUUGAUUUUAAGCUGAAAUGUAUCGCGCAGUAAUAUUAAAAACGUUUUCACACCCAGUAAGGAGAGUAAAUUGCCUUAAGUCUUGAUUUUAUUGUCGAGCCUAUAACUGUCAUCUAUUAACGGCUGCAAAUAUUGAGGUCUCAACCAUCUACCGUCGACUAUCAUAGAUUAUAAGCCAUCAAAGGUCAAAAAUCUACUCAAUAGGAUUGUCUGUCUUCUCCGGAAUACAGCUUAAGGAAUCCGGAAUCCCACCAACGAUUGGGAUCCGAAAUCCAAGUUUAAAUGACUCCUGUUAUGGUUCCACAGUUUACUGGUCAUAUUAUAAGGGGCUGUGUCACGGCUGUUUGGUUCAUUGGCCGUAAUAUAGCCACUUAUAACGCGUCUUAAAUCGCUAAGGAACGUAACGUUAGCAACGAACUUCCCCAUCUGAAAAUUCUAAAUUGGCUUGACAUAGACCUCUGCUUAGAAUUUGUUAUAAAAGGACACAAAAUGACCGCUCUUUUCAGUGUCUUUUGUUCUAUAGAGUAACUGAAAGCCUCCUAAUUGUCAACGCCUCCACUCUUGGAGUGGGGUAAAUACUGCGGUUAAACCGUAUUAACCAUCUACUAUCGCGAAACUAUAAAUACGAAGAAUUGGUUUGGACCUUGUUAGGAACAAAAUGGCAUAAAAUUGUUUACCUCUUCAGCACAGAGGCUAGCCUGCGUCGCAGACGUAAUUUAACCCCGGUGAUGAUAAAUUUCAGUCUUCAAAUAAACUAACUUGCGGGCUUUAGAAUGAAGGUGAAUUUCUUGAACUCACCUAAAGCAAUUUUUGAAUUUGAAUUUCAUUUUACGGUAAGGCGUUAUUGCAUCUGUUGAUUUGCUGGCAAAGUACUCACACUAGUCUCUAACCUGAAUUAUUGAUUAAUAUAUACUAUUUCAUCGUUUAUCAUUGGCUUAUAUCCUCACUUCUGCAUCAGCUGGCAUUCUUCUGUUAUUGGAUAAUUGACGUCAAUCGUCCAAUAACACAGUUGAACCGCUUAAUGGAGGUUGGCCGCUCAGUAGAGGUUCGUCAUAAAUAAAAAUAAUCUUUAGGAGAAACAUCACUUCAAUUUAAAAUACUUACGCAACGGGAGCAGCAUUACCGGUAACGGUCGUCGCUUUCUAUCUCAGACUGUAUUUUCCUUAAUCAUAUUCUUGAAAGAAAGCCAAAAUAAGUGUAACGAGCCCUUGAUGGCCACGUAAUAGUGAUGACAACAAUCGGGAAAACUCUCGUUAUGUUGGGACGGUGAAAAGGUGGUCGCGGCCGCUAAAUGGAGGUUUCAUUUGUAAUUAUUUUCUUCCAUUAUGUCGAGACUUUGAUUACCGGACGCUUAAAAGAGGGUGGCUGAUUAAUGGAGGUUCAACUGUAGUAACUUUGGCAGAAUGUCACACAAGGACGGCGGCUCAGAGGCUCAGUUUUGGGAGUACAAAACUAAAAAAAUUGGCGGAGAAUUUCACAGCUAUGCUAAAAAAAUUGGCCUAAUCAUUUAUUCAAAAAUAUACCCAGACUACACAAAAAUGACACAAGAAGGACGUGUGGAGGGAGCGUGGCCAAGCGAUUAAGGCGCUGGACUUGCAAUUCGGUGGGCCCAAGUUUAAGUCAAGCCCUAACUGCUGGCCGGAUUUGUUCACGGGGGUGUGGAGUUCAAAUCAUCCAUCACGCUUGUAAAUAGCCAACUGGUUUGCCUCUGACCAGUUGGGAUUCGGUAACUAUGUUAUGUUUAUUUGAAUUAAUUGUUUCAGUUGUUUGCUUAGCCUUACCAGCAGCCUGCCGAGAUCAAUGGUAAAUAACGAAAUUAUUAUUAUUAUUAUUAUUAUUUUAUCUUCAACUAAAUUUUGAAAGAAAAGGCCAUAAGGAAAUUCAUCUAUAUCAUCUUUCGAGGAGAUGGCAAAAUGUUUGAUAAAAUUUCACGUAGGCGUGAGGAUGCUAUGUUGGAAAUGUACUCAUUCUAAACGAUAAAAAAUCGUUGAUAGUAUGAUAUGAAGUAUUAUGCAAAUCUUGGAGAGUGCGUGUCGUCCGCCUAAGCAUCUGCCUCCGCGCUCGAUCUGCAUAAUUCUUAAUAUCAUAAUCAGCCUCACUCAUUGAUAACUUGCUCAGACUUGAAUAUCAGCAUUUGCUAAUGAGAGAAAAGAAAUUGAAUAAGCAUUCGUCGUUUGAAACCUGACACCGUGUUUUUUUUUCUGUCACACCGUUGUACUUCCUUUCAGUAAAAUUUAUUGUGGGCUACAUGUUUUGUAUAUGGGCAUUUGUGCCCUUUGUAGCUGAAGAAAUGUUGACACCCAGAGUAGUCUUGGACAUUUUUCUUUUAAAAAACUAUUUGUCAUCCACCAGCAAUUACUUGGACAGGUGUUGUGUGCAAAAAAAAAAUUUUCAUUAUUCACACCGACAAAAGACAAACACUUUAUGGACUGCUGUAAAUAAAAUUUGUGGAUCUUCAUUUUUCUUUCUUUUCGAAACUUGGCACGCAUUUUGUACCUUUUUCAUCGACUUUUCUUUGUCUUUGAUUGAAAGUUACUUUUUAGUGAUCUUUUCUGUUCCUUUUAUUUGGCGCUUUUACAUUAAACCUUGACGUUUUUCAAGCUUUUUAAAGCGUUCAAGAAUUAUUCGAGUAUUUGCGAAAAUUUCUUGAAAAUUACUAUUUUUCUCGGAUAUCCAUUAUUAAUAUUUCACGAUGAGAGGUCAUUUUUUGCGGUAUUAUCCGACAUUGAUGUCAAACAGGUAUUUUUAGCAUUAAACCUUCUUAAAACGGUCAGAAUUAAUAAAAAAGCUGCUCUAUCCAUUAUAUGAUGAGCAUUAUUAUCCGAGUAUUUUAAUGACCCUUUAAGGCGACAGAGCAUGAUUUUUAUUAGUGGAAAUAGAGCAAUUUAAGGUGGAGUAUUUCAGUGGGAAACAAAAACACAGUUUACAAAAGCCUAUUAAUUGCUGGUGCGAUCGUAAUUAUGAUUGACGGCAGAGAAAAUUGCAAUUGUGAGCUGGCUUUUAAAAUUCAGAGUUUGCGUGUAAUUAAAAAUCGCAUAAAAAUAGCCGAGAAAAUAGGCACCACGUUAAAAAACGGAGUUUAACAUUAGGGGAAGUUUAAUGUAAUUAAAGUCAACUUGCAAUGAAGGAAAACAGGGCCGGAAAGUAUUAAAUGGACAACAGAAAAAAAAAGUUAUCAGCAUUAUAAUCCACUGCUAUCUUGGGUCACGUGGUACCAAAUCGGAGGGCGGGUAUCAAGCAAUACACCCCCUCCGUGUCGAUAUUUGCCCCACGAUUUUUUAGUAGCAAGAAUUCAUGACAAAGUCAACAAUGUGAGUCUCCUUUCAGUUUUUAUCUUCUUUAAUAAUGUCAAAUGGAAGCUGUAAAGACAAGCUUGUUUUUAUAAUCCAGUUACACUAACAUUUUGAGCUAGUCGCAACUGACAGUUCCGAAAAAUACAAAGAAAUCUAGGGAUAAAAUAAGCCUAUGCUUCGAAGAUGAGCAAAAUUUACAAAUUAAUAUUAGACUGAAUUGCUAGAGAAACUUGAAUACACUCUUUUAGGCAGUCAUAGCUGUCAGCUGUGGAAAAGAAUACUACAAACAAAGUGUUUGAAAUAAACCAUUUUUGUGUUACAGCAUGCAGAAAAGAGAGAGAAAAGCGUAACGGGCAAUGAAAACGAUAAAUCGAUCAAGUCGUACAGUGCGCCACUAUCUACAGAACAACAGUUUGAGUCAUCUUCAAUUAUCAGGCGAUUUGUAACUCAAGUAAAUUCCGGUCAGUUUUCAACCUUUUCUUACAGCUGGGCCUCAUUAGUUCCUCUACCGUUAUUUUCUAUGACUUCCUCAGCUUCCACUAUCAAGCACAGCAGCAACAAAGUUAGGUUUUGCCAACAGUCCACUAAUGUAAGCUUAAAUCCUUCAACUGCUCAACAUUUAUCAGAUUCUGUGUUUCAUAGUUGAAAUUACUUUUCUAGCCCUCACGGCGGCACUUAGUGAUAUGGUUGGAUUCUAUUUACUUGUCCAUUAGAAACGUGUCUUUUAAUAGUUUUCGAACAGUGCCGUCGCUAAAAUAUAAACUAAAAGCGCCUUGUUUUCGAGUUUUGAUAUCUGGAGCGCUGCAAGAGUUCAUUUGACAUGACAGCCUGUCAAGCCCUGGCCCAAUCACCUCUUGUUUUUGUUCUCUCCCAAGAUGUUGGAGAUUUAAAAAAUUAAUGGCUUCUUGGGCAAAUGUUUAUUAUUCAAUCUCUCAAUCCAUUCAAUCUCUCCGCCGCAGGCAUUAUCCUUCGAUGCACCGGGCGCCGGAAGGGGCUUAUUUACUAAAUAGACGUUCCUACAAUUUCGACAAAAGACUUUCUGAAUUUUAAUAUCAAAGAGAAAUUACUAUGACGUCAUCAAUAAUGAUAUUUUACCAAAGGACUAACAAGACUUACGAUUAAUUUGAAAUUCAAAUAAUAGUUCCUCUUACCUUAAUGACAAAGGAAGCCAAUAACUGAACUUAAAAAGAACGGUUUGAAUUGUUUUUAAAACUCCAAGCUGUUAGUGCCGAGGAGAGAAUUCUCACACAGUAACGUCAAGGUAAGUAAUAUAUCAUUUUUGAUAUGUAACAUCACUUUGUUAAAUUCUGGAUUCCAAGUCUGGAUCCUUGUGAUAACCUUAGUACGGUAUUUUUCACCUAAAUGGAUUGUUUUGACACCUUGACAGCAUUGCAAUUUUUUUCCCUCGGCUGGUUAUUUUGCUGUUUUUUAUACAUUAUCAGGAAACUGUUACUCAACUUAAGCGCGCUGGCCCGAACUACUAGACAGUGAAGCCUUUUGUUAUCUACACGGCAGAAAUGGUCAACGGGAAUUGAUUUUUUAUUAGUUUAAGGUAUAAAGCAGCAAUGGUUCGCUAAAGGUGUACCCUAGGAAAAUAAAUGGGUUUGAAUUGAUGCUGACUCCAGAAAACCCCUGUAGUUGUCUUCUGUAAAAUGGUUAACUUGCAAAGAGAAUUAUUUUGGAGCUGAGGAACUUUCUAACCCUUGAUGUUGAGAGUAAAAAGAUCGCAUCUUUCCAAUAAUUUAAAAUCAACAUGAAGAAUAACGCAAACCAGCUGAACACUGAGCUCCCAUAUUAUAGCUAUAUUAUGUUAACAAGUAAGAAUAUUUAUCUGUGAAAGGUUUGAACCCAGGAGUCAUUUCAAAAGUAGGUUGAGUUUGAUCGUCCGGGUGAACGUAGUCCUGAAUAGGACUGUUGCUGUUGUCAGUGACUGAGAUCAACAACCAGAAUAUAAGGCCAUCAACUGACGUGAUACAACUCACUUUGACCCUGAAGAAAUAAGGGACAUCUAUUUUAGUGUAGCUCUUUCUUUUGGUAGAAACAAAGAAAAACACACAAAUGUUUUCGAAAUCUCUUUGUUUUUUUUUUUUAUUAUUUUUGCAACACUCUUCUUGUGCGCCCCUGUGCUCCUGUCUAUAUAACCAGGAAUUGAUCUACGUAAAUGACAACCGUAUAGCUAGCUCUGAGUGUGAUAUACCCAGCUGUGUUUCUCAAACAACUGGUACUUUAGCUACAAGAUACCGGUUUAACAGAGCAAUUACCAAAGUGGCAAAUGAUUAAUGGUAUCAAAUGGCAAGUGACUUCACUAGGUCAAAUUCAUGCAAAUUGCUCGGCCAAGUUUCAAGGCAUGGGUCGCACUUGGGAAAAGUUUCCAUCUUUGCCGGCUAAAAAACCACGAAAAUUCGAAACCGCAACCGGAAGAGAAAACUUUUAGUCAAAUCGAGGAGGGUCGCACUAGUAACUUAGUGGGAGUCAAUUGUCGUUGUUUUGACACAUUGAGAACUAAAGUAGGCCAGAAACCAGUGUACUGUCGCAAUUUGUAAUAAUCAUCGCACUUUGUAAUACCUGUCGCAAUUUGUAAUAAAUCCAUCGCACUUUGUAAUACCUGUCACAAUUUGUAAUAAACCGUGUCGCACUUUGUAAUAAAAAAGCUGUCGCAAUUUGUAACAACUGUCGAUCGCACUUUGUAAUAAACUAAGCUGUCGCAAUUUGUAAUAAUUCCAUCGCACUUUGUAAUAACUUUUUAAGAGUAAUUAAACUUACUUCGUCAACAUUAAUAUAACGCCAAAAUAUGCAUGGUACUUCAUAAAGAAAGAUGGAGAUGACGUCUGCUGGCACGUAACAUCUCCGCUAGUUCGAACAUUUAACUUUAUUCACAGUCCUAAACAUUUUUUUAGAUUAAUGUUGAUUAGUUAUCUGACUUACGAAACGCUGUAUUCUUGAACCUUGCUAUUGUACUAGGUGGCUUGCAUUCAAUGGUUACCCGGCGGGUUUACUUCCUUAUAAGGGCAAUACGGGGAUGUGCCUCUGGACAGAGCAUUGUCAGAGUACAGGAUCUAGACAGAGCUAAACACACUAGACACAAACAAGCCAUUAUUAAAAAGCAUUUAAUUUCCGCUAAUCGUAAAAUCCAUCCUACAUCAUUCGAAUAAGGACACCAGGAGAGUUCAAGCUUUUCUUGUUAGGUCUUAUAAGAGGUUGACACAACACGUGGUACACCGUACCGUUCUUGUCUAACGAGCAAUCUUAAAGAAGUAAUAGUGGCUUCCAUAUUUUGGCCAACUUAAUCAAACGAGGCCUGGAAAGAUUCAAAAUGUUUACUGCAAAUAAAAAAAACUUCACCAGUGGCAAACCGUCGAACCACAACAAAACCCUAAACACAAAAUCCAAUUAGUCGCUGGCCAAUACCUUCGCAUGUACCUGUUUUUAGAACACUCACUUGGGGUCUUACACUGAGCCGGCUGGGCAUUUGGUUCUUUAUUCUCACUUGAUUUGGUCCCAUAUAGGAACAAAAGGAGUUCUCAUUCCAUCUUACAACAAUUGUUUUCUGUAAGGAGGCCUCUAAAGCAAAUACCAUGGGGAUAGUAAAAAAUUAACCUUCCCUGCGUAUAUACAACUCGUAAGACCUUGCAAUUCUUCCAAGCGUGUUCUGGAUUACUGUUUUUCUACAAAUUGAAAGGAUGAAAUAAACCAUCCAUUACUACUUGAGUUACCCUAUCUAAGGAUCAAACCAAAGACACAAGGCCAACAACGUAAAAAAAUGAUACCCUAUUAAAAGCUCGAGAUCCUCAAAAACCAUACCCUAUCAGGCGUUACUUACCUAUCUAGCCCAUCCAUAUAUGGGAUUAUUCCCCCCCCCCCCCGCUCCCGCCGGAGACUUCACGUGUCACGUGACAAGCAAACAUGGAUUUGGACGACGAAUGCCAGGUUAUUCAUGAAUUUUCUGUUGUUAAAUGUUGCCUUUCUUAUUUAAAUAUUUUUUAAUUUAUACGUGAUUCAUAUCUUCUUGGUGAUAUGUCACAGGAAGUUUCAUGUCUUUCAUAAAAACGUUUCUAGUUUGUCACGUGUUUAAUCAAGGCAGAAAAAUUUAUAGCUGAAGACAUGCAUGUUUGACCAAAGAAAAUGUUAGGGAGAUGUUACGUGCUAGCAGACAACAUCAUCUUUGUUUAUGAAGUACCAUGCAUAUUUUGGCAUUAUAUUAAUGUUGACGAAGUAAGUUGAAUCACUCUCAAAAAAUCAUUACAAAGUGCGAUGGAAUUAUUACAAUUUGCGACAGCUUAGUUUAUUACAAAGUGCGAUGGACAGUUGUUACAAAUUGCGACAGCUUUUUUAUUACAAAGUGCGACACGGUUUAUUACAAAUUGCGACAGGUAUAUUGCAAAGCGCGAUGGAUUUAUCACAAAUUUCGACAGGUAUUACAAAGUGCGAUGAUUAUUACAAAUUGCGACAGUACAAACCAGAGAACAUUAUCUCUUCGUAGUCUGAUCAUUUGGCGUAGGAUCGUUUUCCUCCUUUCCAAGUUUCAGGAGGAUGGGAGAAAUAAAGGAAAUAAAAUGCUUGGCUGCAAAGACUGCAUUUAGCUCGGAGAAUAACAAAACUGUGACGGUACUUGCCUUGGUAGAGAGUUCCCGUAAAAAGGUAGCAAAGGAUUACAAGCUUAUGAAUUGCUCGGUCGUAGAGAGUUUUCGCAAAAACGUUAAAAUGGCGAAAAGUAGUGGUAGCCUCGUCCGUCCACAACGAAAGCGCGAAGGUCAGAAAAUUUCUACGAUUGUUUCAACUUGAUCGUGUUUCAAAUUGGUCACGUUUCGCUGACAAGUGCUGUCACUUACCGCCGUGAUUCCUAUUGUUUAGCUCGAGUUUUCCAAAAUCUGCCUGCCCCACCCAAGCAAUACGGCGUCUUUGAUGUUUUUUGCGAUUUUCAAAGUUUUUUCCAACUUGCAAACUUGGGGUCGCACUUGGCAAUGUGCCCCGAUGACAGAUUUUUACCGCAAGGUAAACAAAUUCUUCCAGAAAUUUGCCAAGUGCGACCCAUGCCCCACGAAACCAUUGCUGAAGAAUAAAUUGAUUAGUUUAAUUUGAAAAAGAUUGUUGCAAAACAGAUGGCAACAAAUUGUUAUUUCGCUUCGCGUGACAGCGAAUAUAGUGCGUUUAAUACGAAAAUUGUAAAAAUGAAAAGCUGUGUCAUUAAUUAAUGUUUAAUAAACGAGCAGCAGUGUUUUAUGGUACCCCAAAGUCAACAAGUGCAGAAAAAAAAAGUCUUUGAAAACAAUUUCCUUGAAUGGCCGAAUGGUAGGUAAACAAAAAUCCAGUACUCGAGCCUUGCGUAUUCACAACUGGCAAGUCGAGAGUGCAACGCUUGCACAUUGCAAUAGCUAUUACCGCUGAGUCACUGAAUUUUUGGCUGAUUAAAUUGGUGAAAGAACAAAGUUUAAUAGUAAAUAUACUGCGAGUGUUAUUUUGAAAGAACAUUAAUUUUAUUCACCCACCAUUUGUUGUGACAGUUGUUGUGCUGAUGAUUAAUAUCCAUUGGUCAUGUGCAGUGACAUUUAAUACAUCUGAUAAAACACCGCAUACUAUUAAGGGGAGGUUUUAUCAGUUAUAAUGUCAGGCACGUGACGUACUAUCGACCACUAGAUAAUGUCAAUGGGCUUAUGAAUUAUUAAUGAGUUAUUGAAGACAAGAUUUGCCGCGAAAUUAACAGAGCCUUUUUUCCUUUUAUUCUAACUUGUGGACACAAAGCCGAUUUGAAACGGUUAGCAAGAUUAAAUCUAUAUUUCUAUUGUGAUUUUUUUCAGGCCAAACCACACAAAGAAAAUGCGGUGGAAGAAAAAUGUAGUGAUUUUCUGCAUUUUAAGACCGGCUCUCUUUAUAUUGCUGUUCUUUCAACAAUUAACAACUUGUUAUGAUGGGUAUAGAAUUUUUAAAGAUGGCGACGUGAUGGUCGGCGGUAUGCUCAAUGUCCACUACAGUAACUCGGAAACUGGUGAUCAAUGCAACAAGUUUUCUGGCAUAGGACUAGGAAACGCGGAGGCUAUGAUCUACGUCAUUGAGAGCAUCAACAAGAAUUCCACUCUUCUACCCAACGUGACAAUCGGCUACGAUUUAAGAGACUGUUGUCUAAGCAAUGCAUUAGCCAUGGAAAUAGCCUAUGACUUCAUUCGUGAUAGUGAUCCAGUGUGCAUAUCUACCCAAGACGGCAGCACCUCUCCCAAUGGCUAUGUCACAAACAACAGAACCAAGACUAUCUCUGCGCUUCUGGGUCCUUUCAGUUCUGAAAGCGCGGUACUAGUAGGAAGCCUUCUUCAGGUUUCUAACAUUCCCGCCAUCAGCCCGAGUGCGACAAGCGAUGAGUUGAGUUCACAAAUGUACAAAGACGUCUUCAGAACAGUUCCACCCGACAAUUGGCAAGCGGAGGUCAUGGCAGACAUCAUAGAACUCUUUAAUUGGACAUACGUGGCGGCCGUUGGUUUGGAUGAUUCUUAUGGCCAUAGCGGUAUUUCGUCCCUGGAAAAAGAAUCAUACAACCGGAAAACAUUUUGCAUUGCUUUUUCUGAGUAUAUACCACGGCUAGGCUAUGAGGAGAAAAUCAAGCAAACUGUUCUCAAGAUUAAGCGCAAGACUGAAAUUGCAGUGAUCAUCGUUUGGCUUUCUGUCGGUUACGGAAGUCAAUUUUUCAAGGAAGCAAAUACUCAAGGCCUUGAAGAAAAGACUUGGAUUCUUAGCGACUCACUGACAGUUGGAGAAGCGGUAUUUCUUGACUCUACCCUCACAGUACUUAACGGCUCUUUGGGAAUAAAGCCACGUGACUAUCACGUUCCCUAUUUUGAAGAGCACCUCAAGAUGAUUACCCCUGCAAAAAACAUUGAAAGAGGCACAGAUUGGUGGGAAGAGUUCUGGAGAUUACAGUUCAAUUGUUCAGCCACGACAUCGAAUGAUUCUGAGAUCACACCUUGCCCGAGAAAUCUGACUUUACACCGUGCAUUACAAAAGAUACGCAGCUCCUUCGUUCCGUAUCUUAUUGAUGCCAUUUAUGCUAUUGCAUAUGCUCUAGAUAGCAUUUACAGCUGUUCUCCUAAUAUACAUGGUUCCGGUGAUAAAGGUACCUGUCCCUCGAUCAAGCCGAAUGUCAGAGGAAGCGAUCUAAAAAAAUAUCUCAGAAAUAUUAGUUUUGACGGCUGGACUGGCAAAGUGCGAUUUGACAAGUUUGGAGAUCCUUUAAGUGCUUCGUACGACAUCAUAAACUUCCAGCUUGACUCAACUACAGGCAAGGCCCGCCAAAAUAUUUGGGUUGGUGCUUGGAACAAAGACGCCACACCAAAACUGAAGAUAAAUAUGUCCAGGUUACGAUGGAAAACUUUCUCCACCCCUUUAUCCUUCUGUUCAUCAGAAUGUUUGCCUGGUACCAGGAGAGAAAUCACCUCGCCAUGUUGUUGGGAGUGUAUUAGGUGUCCACAGGGAACUGUCAGUACGAAAAGUGGAUCCAUCAACUGUACAAAGUGUGAACCAGAGACGAAAUCGAACGAAAAGCAAAGUAGGUGUGAAAAACUACCAGUCGCUAACAUCACAUACACAACCGCCUCUGGAAUCGCGAUAACAGUGGUGGCUUCGAUUGGUUUUAUUCUCACGUCGCUAGUUUGUGGCAUCUACAUCAAGUUUUACAACACCCCAAUCGUUAAGGCUUCUAACAGAGAGAUCUCUGUUCUGUUGCUCUUUGGCAUCUCAGCUCACUUUAUAUUAGCAGUCCUCGAUCUCUCUGAUCCAGGCCAUUUACUUUGCAUUGCAACAACUAUCUGGCGCUAUUUUGUUCUCAAUCUUUGUGUCACAGUCCUCUUUUUGAAAAUGAUGCGCCUCACAAGCGUUUUUGAGGUUGACAAAGUCGCUCAAUUGUUCACAGCGUGUUAUAAAACUUUAAAAAGGCAAUUGAUUUUCAUCUCUGUUUUCAAUGUUCUCCCAAUCACUCUGUUAGUUCUAUGGAUGUCAGUCGAUCCCCCUGGGCGUGAACAGAUUAUCCGUUUAGACGAGUUCAUAUUUUUUGUGUGCAAACCUUAUCAAACCAACAUCGGCUUUGCGCUGUUCAUUGCCGUUUCUUUUUACAUACUAACUGUGGCUCUCUUCUGUGCUUAUUACGCUUUUAAAGGACGAAGAAUUCCUGAAAACUUCAACGAGGCAAAAUACAUAGGAUUCUCUAUGUACAUUCUAUUGUUGUCACCAAUAGCAUAUUACCCAGUGGCGUUUACGUAUGACAGCUGGUAUCUAAUACUCGUGUCUUGCUUAACGACGUUAGUAGCUUCGUUCGGUUUGUUGGGUUGCAUGUUCGGACCCAAAGUUUACAUUCUUCUUUUCCGCCCCGAGCAAAACACCUUGAAGAAUCUCAGGUCUCUAGUGUCAAGUUUCUCGUUUGAAAAAGCACAACGAAUGAGAGCCCUGCCCCUAGCCAUUAAUGCCGACGUGACUUAA